CGCCAUAAUGUUACCGCCCUGUUCCGAGUUAGCUGCGCCCACAGUGUAAUUGAGACGCGCAGAGAAGAACCGUCAGCUGGAGACAGGCGGAGAACUAAGGAUGGCAACCAAACAAACACCUCAUGACUGGACAUUUCUUUCAAAAACUUAAAAUGGACUUUAAUUCGGACGGACAGCAACGGACGUGAUCGAUAAACAGGAUAAUCGACGUCUCAUCGACAUUGUUAUGAGGGACCGACUGGCGGAUUUGAAUGUGGGCAGGCAUAAUGCCAGUGAAGAUGGGGGUGUCGCUGUGUCCAUGGAGAGAAAUGACUUCAUGCAAGACUUUUUUCAAAAGGUUGAAGAGGUCAGACGGGUCAUUGAAAAGAUCUCCUCCCUAGUGGAUGAGGUGAAGAAGAAAUAUAGUGUGAUCCUUUCGGCCCCCAAUCCUGAUGAGAAAACAAAAGAAGAACUAGAACAACUCACGGUGGAAAUCAAAAAACAUGCCAACUAUGUACAGAAAAGCCUCAAAUCAAUGCACCAGAGUCUGCCUUCAGAUGAGCAGGUCAAUCAAGCCUCAGUGGAUGCACGCAUUCAAAAAACACAGUAUACUAAUUUAUCGCAUAAAUUUGUGGAAGUAAUGACGCAAUACAAUGAAGCUCAAGUGUCCUUCAGAGAGAAAAGUAAAAGCAGGAUUCAGAGACAGCUGGAAAUCACUGGAAAAAUCACAACAAAUGAGGAACUGGAGGAGAUGCUGGAGACUGGAAACCCUUCCAUUUUCACUUCUGAUAUCAUCUCUGACUCUCAGAUAACUCGUCAGGCCCUUAAUGAAAUCGAAUCUAGACAUCAGGAUAUCCUGCGUCUGGAAUCCAGCAUCAAAGAGCUUCAUGACAUGUUUGUGGACAUGGCCAUGCUUGUUGAAACCCAGGGUGAGAUGAUUGACAACAUUGAAAAGAACGUCCACAAUGCUGUCGAAUACGUCGGCCAGGCUAAAGUGGAGACAAAGAAAGCUGUGAGGUACCAGACAAGAGCCCGCAGGAAACACAUCAUUCUUGCUCUUAUUGUUCUGGUCGUGGUUGCUGUGGUCGCACUAAUCAUUGGUUUAUCUGUUGGCCUGUCUGGUAAAACCAGUACUAACACCGCCGCCGCCAGUUCUAAUGCAGCCAAUCCUGUUUAAGCAUGCUUUCUGAGAAAUGGGUCUAUGGUGCCAUUUGUGGAGCCGUGUGUAUCAUCAUUCUUCUCCUAAUCAUCAUCACUGCAGUUUAUGUUGAUUAGUCACCUACAAUGAAACCAUCUUCCUUUUGACCUUACUGGGAGAAAAAUUAGUUUGUUUGCAUUUACAAAAGCAUUUAAAAA